CUCGAACGAACAAGUCUCCAGACUAUACUUGUUUUGGCGUUGCGGGUCACCAGCGAGAGCUAACUGUACAGUCAGGGGAAGACCCUGUCUCGAAUCGACGUCGAAUCGACAUCGACCUUGUACAAUACGAAAUUUCAUGCAAUUUAGUACCAGGAACCGUUCUGUAACACUUUCAGACACAUUGGCAGAGUUGAGCCGUGUCAUAGGGCACUUCUCGAGUAACAUCGAAAUUUCGUCGACAACUUCGUUUCAGGACCAACGAUAACUUCUCGAGCAGUCGACGUCGAUUCGAGGUCGAUUCGAACACUCAUUUCUCACUGGGGUCAGUCAGUCGUCUGAUUCAGAAGAUCGCUCAAGAGAGGCUUUCCUAUACCUCCCGUAUAGCUCCGUCCUUGUUGCACUCAUGGGGCAGGUAUAGGAAAGCCCCUCUUGAACGAUCUUCUGAAUCAGACGGCAGGAGUCAGUGAGUGAGGAGAGAGCUGGGGUGUGGUGGGGCGAGCCGUGGACGUGCCGUGCCGUGGAGCAGCAGAGGGAGCAGAGCAGAGCCAGUAAGCCAGUUGGAAGCCAGUCGUUAGACGGCACACUCGCAUCGUUCUGCGUCGUCUCUGUCCGUGGCUGUGUCGUGCGAUUUGGACCCGCUCGACUCCGGUCGGUCUCUUCGUACUUUGCGGAGCUAGUCCGCCACCAUCGUCUCGAGACCCCUCCACAAAACUACGCGAGAUUAAGGUCAUGGAGCUGCUACCGGACACCCCGCUGAUCAGGAUGAUGCAGCACCUCAGCGUCGACGACCUGCUUGCCUGCCGCCUCGUCAGCAAGAGGAUCGGGGCCGCGGCUCUGCACCCGGACGCGUGGUUGCACCAGCGGCUGGGCCGCAGCAAGAUCCCCGGCGACGCCAACAAGUGCGUGUGCCCGGUGCUGCGCUUCGCCCCGCACCUCGACGAGCUGGGCGAGUUCCUGACGCCGAGGCCGGCGCCGUGUCGCCUGGCGGACUUCCCCGUCCGGUGCGCCGUAGCAGAGCUGGCCGUGUCCGUCUGCGAGGACGCCGACGCCGCGGCCGACACCCUCGAGCUCGUCCGCCGGCAGGCUGCCCUGGGCCGCCUCAGGAGCCUAACCGUGCGUCUCUAUGGCUUGGCUCCCGGAGGCGCCGCGGUGGAGACAGUGGUGUCGACGCCCGGGUUGGAACACCUCGACGUCGGGGUCCACUACACGACAGGGGGUCGGAUCGUCGAGCUCCCGGCCAUGGCCGCCCCCGCACUGCACACCGUGCGGCACUUCGAGUGCAACCUGAGCACCAAGACCGAGGCCUUCGUGAACUCCAUCCUGGCCGAGCACGCCACCACGCUCGAGAGGGUCAACCUCUCUGACGACCACCGCGACCUACUGUCGCUGACCUCCACCGCGCCGCUGCUGGCGGCCAUGACGCACCUGCGCGAGCUGGAGUGCGCAGCUCUCCCCGGGCUGCGGGUCCUGGCUUCCUGCGAGUCGCUCCGAGUCCUGCGCCUCACCUUCUGCAUCGACAUCAGACACAAGGGUGUCGCCGAGGACGCCGUGGAGCUCCUGCGAGACGCCGUCCAGCUGCGCGAGGUGACCCUGAGCUUCAAGCCCGACGUCGGCUACCACAGCAGCAGCGGAACCUGCGUUGGCGAGUUCUGCUUGGCCGCCAUCCCGGCGCUGGCCUCGUCCCGCGAGUCCCGCGUGGAGAAGCUGGUCGUCCACAACUCAGUGCGAUCCAUGUUCAGCAACGUUGACCCGCGGAUGGCGCGUAGCUUCCUGCGAGGCCUGCCGCAGCGGAGGCCGCGCUCGGCCCUGCUCCAGCCGCUGACCAUGGCGCUGCCCUCGCUGCUGGCCCUGCGCCACCUGAGCACGGACGAGGACCCCGACCUGCUGCUCGCGGCCGUCAGCCCAGCCUCGGCCCCCGCCCUGCGGAGCGUCGGCGUGAUCCUCCUGGACGAGGUCUGCGCCCACGCCUGGCUCCACGGCGACACGGUGCAGACCGUCCUGGACGCCAACCCCUCGCUCCACAUAGAGUUGAGCGCCCGCACUCUCUGCUGCAGCGAGCCCCUCCGCCCCUCCUGCGAGAGGGCGUGCGCGCUAGGCUGCCACCAAGUGCUUGCUGAGCUUGUUGAAGGCGACGCGCAGCUCGUCGAGGAUGAGCGGCGGCUUGAUUGGCACCUUGGUCUUUUCUCUCAUGGCCCGGGCGAAUGUUCACAUGUCCACAAGACUGAGGGCCAGCGGCAGCGUCUGUGGAUCCAUAUUCCUUGAUAAGAUUUUGUGCUUACCCAAGUUUUCUCAGAAUUAUUUUCCUCCAGUUUUGAUUUAAGAAUAUGCUUCUGCUCAUGUUUUCCUCAUGUCAGACAUUCAUUGAACAGCAUCUUGUAUUUUUAACUAAAUGAAGUACAUAUGUAUUUUUAAUAAUUAUUUUUUGGUUUUGAUUUGAAAAUGUGCCUAUGUUUAGGUUCACUUAAUGUCAUUUAUUUUACUCCACUUUUUUAAUGGCUCAAUGAUGGUUACACCUGAAUUAUUAAUAUGUCCCAAUUUUGAUUUAAGGUUCAUGUCGAAUUUAACUUAAGUUUAGUCAUGCAUUUCACCUUGUGUGUAUGGCUUAAUGACAGUUACAUCUGUAUUAUUAAUAGUUAUUUUCCAUUUUUGACUACCUCAGAAUAUGUUCAUGUCACAGUUAACUUAAUUUUUGUCAUGUAUUUCAACUUGUGUGCGUGGCUUAACGACAAUUACACCUGUAAUAUUAAUUAUUAUUUUCCAGUUUUGAUUUAAGAAUGAGUUCAUGUCGUAGUUAACUUUAUUUUGGUAAUUUAUUUCAACUUGUGUUAUAUGCUACUAACGCGGCUACUAAUAUUAGACGUGAAUUAUUAAUAAUUAUUCUCCAGUUUAGAUUUAUGAUCGUGUUCAUGCUCAAGUUUACCCAAUGUCAUUCAUUCAUUGACUGUCACCUUGUUUCUUUAUUUUCUGAGUACUCACUUGUCAAUAAAUAUUCGUAAAUAUACUUC